CAGUACGUAACGAGAGGUCGCCUCGCGCGGUUUGGCGGCGCGAUAAAGCAACACACACAGAAAGAAGGCAAACUGAAAUAAUAGUAAAACAACGGCAACAGCAACAACGGCGCGCAACUAAAUGUAACUGUUGUUCAAAACAGAACCGAGCCAUAAAAACUGUCUGGCAACGCACGCAACAACAACAACAACAAAUUGGCUGGCAACAACAAAAAUGCCGACGACGAAGACGACGCAGCGCCAACUGUGAACCGUGCGAACUUGAAGGGGCAAAGCCGCAGCGCGGACAGCCGUGGACAGGUGCGUGAAGUCGCCCAUCAAAUCGAGCAGCACGGUUGAUUGCUCAAAAGGCCCGCUGUCAGUCGAUAAGGUAGCGCAGCGCUAGGGAUUGAGAUAAGGGCCAGCGCCUGGCCAGCGAUAUGUUGGCCACGCCCAGCGGCGGCACAGCGCCCACAAAGCCAGCAAACGACAAGCUGCCGUCGCCGUCGCAGCCGCAGCCAAUGUCAACAACGGCGAACCUCAACAAUGGCUACAUGCAGGCCAACGAGCUAAACGCCACCGCCGUCUCCCCGCUCCUGGGCCAGCAGCAGCAGCAGCAGCAGCAGCAACAGUUGCAGCAGCAGCAGCAGCCGCCGCAAAAUAAGCUGCCAACUGUUGUAUUCCUUAGCCCGGAUGGCAGCGGCGCCGUGGGCAGCGCUCUGCAGCGGAACGUGCCCGGCCCGGCUGCGGCGGCGCCUUCGCCGUCUGUUGCCAGCGACUGGCUGCUGCUGAAGGAGGCGCAACAGCGACGCCGUCUCCUGGUGCUGGCCAUUGCCUUCACCGUGCUGGGCGCCGCAAUUGGCGCCCUCGCCAUCUACUUUGCCAGCGUGCAUCAGCGUUGCCAGCGCCAUCAGCGCAACGACCUACAGGAUGCAGGCGAUGGCAGCUUGAACGGCUUGGAGGGAUCCGGACGCAGGAGCCAGGACGACGUCUGCCUGACACAGGAAUGCGUGCGAACAGCUGCUUCAUUGCUGUCCGCCAUGGACUUAACUGCGGAUCCGUGCGAUGAUUUCUUUCAAUAUGCGUGCGGCACAUGGAAUAAAUUGCAUCCCAUACCCGAGGAUCGCAGCUCGAUCAGCACCUUCGAGGUGCUCUCCGAUCAACAGCAGCUGGUGUUACGUGGCGUCCUCGAGGAACCGAUCGAUGAACGCGACAAUGCGGCUACCGUCAAGGCGAAGACCUUCUACAAGAGCUGCAUGGACAUACCCCAGAUACGCAAGAUCGGCGCUGGUCGCCUGAAGCAGGUGCUCCGCUCGCUGGGCGGCUGGCCGGUGAUCGAGUCCAAUUGGCAGCCGCCCGCCGAGCUGUCCGUGGAGCAGCUGAUGGGCAGGCUGCGGCUCAACUACAGCGAGUCGGUGCUGAUCGAGCUGUACGUGGGCGCGGAUGACAAGAACAGCUCGGUGAACAUCAUACAGAUGGAUCAGCUGCAGUACGCGCUGCCGUCGCGCGACUAUUACCUGAAGCCGAGCAGCGUCAACGAUCGCCAGGCUUAUCACAAGUACAUGACCCAGAUCUCGCUGCUGCUGGGCGCCAAUCCGGCCACAGCCGCGGCCGAGCUGCAGCAGGUGGUGCAGUUCGAGACGCAGCUGGUGAAUGUCUCGCUGGCGGAGGCGGAUCGCCACGAUACGAGCGCCGUCUACCGCAAGCUGUUGCUGCCGGAGCUGCAGCAGCUGGUGCCGGAGCUCGACUGGAGCGUCUAUCUGCAGACGGCCUUGGGCGCGGACAUACAGCUGCAGCCGGAUGAGCCGCUGGUCACCUACGGCCUGACCUAUCUGACCGAAAUGGGUCGCAUACUGAAGCAAACGGAUCGCCGGGUGGUGCACAAUUAUAUGCUCUGGCGUCUGGUCAUGUCGCUGAUGACGCACAUGAUCGACGAGUAUCAGCGGGAGCGUGUCGAGUUCCGUAAGAUUCUGAUGGGCAUACAGUCGGAGCGUACUCGCUGGUCCCAGUGCGUCGAGUGGACCAAUAAGAAGCUGGGCGUCGCCGUUGGCGCACUCUUCAUACGGGACAACUUCAAUCAGGAUAGCAAAGAGGUCGCCCUGGAGAUGAUACACAACAUAAGGGCGGCAUUCAAUGAGCUGCUCGCCGAGAAUCAUUGGAUGGACGACGAGACGCGCGCCGUCGCCAAAGAGAAGGCGGACUCGAUGAACGAACGCAUCGGCUAUCCGGAGAUUCUCACCAAUGUCACCGAACUGGAGCAGGAGUAUGUGAAUCUAACGAUCGUGCCGGAUAAUUUUAUUGACAAUGUGCUGAGCAUUUUGCAAUGGGAGUCGGAGAAGCUGCUGAAUCUGUUGCGCCAGCCGGUGGACAAAGAGAAAUGGACCACAGAGCCGGCGGUGGUCAAUGCCUUCUACAAUCCCAACAAGAAUGAUAUAGUGUUCCCCGCGGGCAUUUUGCAGCCCUUGUUCUACAGUCAACAUUUUCCCAAAUCGCUCAACUAUGGCGGCAUCGGCGUGGUGAUCGGGCACGAGAUCACCCACGGCUUUGAUGACAAGGGGCGGCAGUUCGACAAGGAGGGCAACAUGAUGCAGUGGUGGAAUAAUGCCACAAUCGAGGCAUUCCGGGAGCGCACCCAAUGCGUCAUCGAUCAGUAUUCGCGCUACAAGAUCAACGAGGUGAACAUGUACAUGGACGGCCGCAUGACCCAGGGCGAGAACAUAGCCGACAAUGGCGGCCUCAAGCAAUCGUUCCGGGCCUACAAGAAGUGGGAGAAGCUGCAUGGACGCGAGCUGCUGCUGCCGGCGCUGAAUAUGACGCACGAUCAGCUAUUUUUUCUCAACUAUGCGCAAAUCUGGUGCGGCAGCAUGCGGCCGGAGGAUGCGCUAACCAAGAUCCGAUCCUCGGUGCAUUCGCCGGGCUUUGUACGCGUCCUGGGGCCGCUCUCCAACUCGCGAGACUUUGCGCAUGCCUACAGCUGUGCCGUGGGCACCACCAUGAAUCCGGCGAACAAGUGCAGCGUUUGGUAGUCGUGAUCGCGAUCGCGAUCGCUAGGUCACGGUCGUGAUCGUGAUCGGGCUCUUGGUCGUGAUCGCCAGCAAAGAGGUUGCGGUCACGAUCGAGAUCUUGGUCAUGCACACGAUCACAAGGUUUUGAUCAUAGUCCAAAUCGGGGUCAUGAUCACGCUCAAUGUCGUGUUGAUGAUCAUGAUCGGGUUCUCGAGAUCUUGAUCGUGAACACGAUCAGGCUCUUGCUCAGGAUCAUGGUAUUGGAUGCGUGAUCACGAUCAAGCUCAAGGUCUUGGCCAUCAUCUCCACAGCACACGCUGGAUCAUGCUCACGAUCACGGUUAUGAUCAUGCUUUGCAUAAGUCUAUUUUUAUAUAUAUACAAAUUAUAUAUAUACAUAUAUAUAUAUUUAUAUUUAUAUAUCGUAUAAUACUGCAUCAUCAAAUGAAGGGCGUCUAAUUUUUUUCUCCAUUGUUGUUGUUUUUUCUCGUGUGAUUAUUUUUGUU